AAUGAGCAAACUGGACCGCAGGAGGAAGGGAGUGUUUGGUCCUCCAAUGGGCAAGAAAUGUUUGGUGUUUGUGGAUGACUUGAACAUGCCUCAGAAGGAGAAGUAUGGAGCCCAGCCUCCCAUCGAGCUGCUGAGACAGUGGGUCGACCACAAGCACUGGUAUGACAAGAAGGACAACUCUCGUCUGGAGCUUGCUGAUGUGAACCUGGUGUGUGCAAUGGGUCCUCCGGGAGGCGGCAGGAAUCCAAUCACCAAUCGUUUCACCCGCCACUUCAACCUCAUCUCGAUCGAGUCAUUUGACGACACUACAAUGACUAAGAUCUUCUCCUCGAUGGUCGACUGGCACUUCGGAAAAGGUUUUGAUGCUUCCUUCCUGAGGCUUGGAAAGAUGAUGGUUCAGGCAACAAUGGCAGUGUACAAGGCUGCAGUGGUGACCUUCCUGCCCACUCCCUCCAAGUCCCAUUAUGUGUUCAAUCUGAGAGACUUCUCUCGUGUGGUGUCUGGCGUUCUGCUGGUCCCAAAGACACACAUGACUGAAGCCAACAAACUGGUGCGGCUCUGGGUCCACGAAGUCUAUCGCAUCUUCUACGACCGACUGAUUUCUGACGAGGACAGGGAGCAGUUCUUUGCCAUAGUCCAGGAGACGCUGAGUCAGCAGUUCAAGAUGACAAGUGACAAGUUGCUGGGUCACCUGGCCGAAGGGGGGAAGGCAGUGGUGGAUGACAACAUCCGCAGCCUUUUCUUUGGAGACUACAUGAUACCUGGAGCUGAACCAAAGAUAUACGACGAGGUUCAAAGCUUCUCAGAUCUCACUUCUGUCAUUGAAAACUACUUGGACGAUUACAACCAGAUGAGCAAGGCACCAAUGAAACUGGUGAUGUUCAAGUUUGCCAUUGAGCAUGUGUCUCGGAUCAGCAGAGUUCUCAAGCAAGACAAUGGCCACUGUCUCCUCAUCGGUGUUGGGGGGAGUGGGAGACAGAGUGCCUGCAAACUGGCCACGUUCAUGGCUGACUACAGCCUCUACCAGAUCGAGAUCUCCAAGAACUACACUACGGUGGAGUGGAGGGACGACCUGAAGAAACUGCUCAUCAGAGCUGGAGCUGAGGGGAAGAGGACAACGUUUCUCUUCUCAGACAACCAGAUCAAGGACGAGUCAUUUGUCGAAGAUCUCAACAUGAUUUUGAACACGGGGGAUGUGCCCAAUCUCUAUCCUCCAGACGAGAAGGCGGAGAUCAUUGAAAAGAUGCAGGUGGUAGCCAGAACUCAGGGUCGGAAGAUAGAGGCCACGCCUCUGUCCAUGUACAACUUCUUUAUCGAGAGAGUGAAGGAGCAUCUCCACGUGGUCCUGGCCAUGAGUCCCAUCGGAGAUUCCUUCCGCAACCGACUUCGAAUGUUUCCCUCUCUCAUCAACUGCUGCACCAUCGACUGGUUCCAGGCAUGGCCCAGCGAUGCUCUGGAGAUGGUGGCCAACAAGUUCCUGGAAGAUGUAGACAUGAGUGACCAGAUGAGGGGCCAGUGUGUUACCCUCUGCCAGCACUUCCACCAGAGUGUCCGCACUCUCUCUGACCGCUACUACGCCAUUCUCCGCCGACAAAACUAUGUCACUCCCACCUCGUACCUGGAGCUGAUCCUCACCUUCAAGAUGCUGCUGGGUCGCCGGAGGCAGGCAAUCCACGGCAUGCGACAGAGAUAUGUGGUGGGGUUAGAGAAACUGGAGUUUGCAGCGGGGCAGGUCUCAGUAAUGCAGCAAGAGUUGCAGGAGCUCCAGCCUCAGCUUGUGCAGACCUCCAAGGAGACGGAUGAGCUGAUGGUCAAAAUUGAGAAGGACACGGUAGAAGCUGAGGCCAAGAAACAGGUGGUGGCAGCAGACGAGGCAGUGGCCAAUGAGGCUGCCAGCAAGUCCCAGGCUAUCAAAGAUGAGUGUGAAGCUGAUCUGGCAGAGGCCAUCCCUGCUCUGGAGGCAGCUAUCAAUGCUCUCAACACCCUCACCUCCAAAGACAUCACUCUCGUCAAGUCAAUGAAGAACCCUCCGGCUCUGGUGAAGCUGGUGAUGGAGGCAGUAUGCAUCAUGAAGGCAAUCAAACCAGAGAGGAAACCAGACCCGUCGGGCAGUGGGAAGAUGGUGGAGGACUUCUGGGGACCCUCUCAGAAGCUGCUGAGUGACCUCAAGUUUCUGGACUCCCUGAAGAGCUACGACAAGGACAACAUCAAUCCACAGAUCAUUAAGAAAAUAAGAGACAACUACUGCUCCAAGGAGGAGUUCAGACCAGAGGUGAUCAAAACAGCGUCUGCCGCCUGCGAGGGACUGUGUCAGUGGGUGAGGGCCAUGGACGUAUACGACAGAGUCGCCAAAGUAGUGGCUCCCAAGAAGAUCAAACUGGCAGAGGCUGAGGCUGAGUUGGCUGUCCAGAUGAAGAAGCUCAACGAAAAGAGAGCUGAACUCAAGGAAGUGCUCGACAAACUGCAGGCUCUCAAUGAUCAGUUCCAGACCAUGCAGACCAAGAAGGAGAAUCUUGAGGCAAACAUUGAUCUCUGCACCAAGAAACUUGACAGAGCUGAGAAACUCAUCGGAGGUCUCGGGGGAGAGAAAGAUCGAUGGAGUCAGGCUGCCAAGGAGCUGGGAGAAAGGUACACGAAUGUGAUAGGAGAUGUGCUGGUGUCGUCGGGAGUAGUGGCUUACUUGGGAGCCUUCACUGUUGACUUUCGCACUGACUGUGUCAGAGAGUGGCACGGGCUCUGCACGGAGAAGGCCAUUCCCUGCUCCCCCUCUUUCUCCGUCUCUGCCACUCUCGGUGAACCCGUAAAAAUCAGGAAGUGGAGCAUUGACGGACUCCCUGUUGACUCCUUCUCUGUCGAGAAUGGCAUCAUCAUAUUCAACUCCAAUCGUUGGCCACUCAUGAUCGACCCUCAAGGUCAGGCCAACAAGUGGGUGAAAAACAUGGAGCGACCAAACAAGCUCUCAGUGAUCAAGCUCUCAGACCCCAACUAUUCCAGGACUCUAGAGAACAGCAUUCAGUUUGGGACUCCGGUUCUGUUGGAGAAUGUGGGGGAGGAGCUGGACCCUCUCCUGGAGCCACUGCUGCUCAAACAGACCUUCAAACAGUCCGGAGUAGAGUACAUCAGACUGGGAGAGGCUGUGAUUGAGUACAGUCAGGACUUUCAUCUGUACAUCACAACACGACUGCGCAACCCACACUACCUCCCUGAGGUCUCGGUCAAGGUGACACUGCUGAACUUCAUGAUCACUCCUCAAGGCCUGCAGGACCAGCUGCUGGGUAUCGUGGCUGCGAAGGAGAAGCCGGAGCUGGAGGAGAAGAAGAACGAGCUGAUUGUGGAGUCAGCCAAGAACCAGAAACAGCUCAAGGAGAUUGAGGACAAGAUUCUCGAGGUGCUCUCUUCCUCAGAGGGAAACAUCUUGGAGGACGAGACAGCCAUCAAGGUCCUGUCUUCCUCGAAGAAACUCGCCGCAGAGAUCUCAGCGAAGCAGGAGAUAGCAGCUGCGACAGAGGUGGAGAUAGAUCAGACUCGCAACGGAUACCGACCAGUGGCCACGCAUGCCUCCAUCCUCUUCUUCUGCAUCUCUGACCUUGCCAACAUAGAGCCCAUGUACCAGUACUCUCUGGUCUGGUUCAUCAACUUAUACAUCCAGUCCGUCGCCAACAGCACCAAGUCUUCUGAUCUUCAGGAGCGUAUCCACCAUCUCAAUGACCACUUCACUCGCAGCAUAUACAACAACGUCUGUCGCUCUCUCUUUGAAAAGGACAAACUUCUCUUCUCAUUCAUCCUCUGUAUCGGCAUCCUGAAGGGCAGGAAAGAGGUGGACGAGGAGGUGUGGCGAUUCCUCCUCACAGGAGGCGUGGCUCUCGAGAAUCCCCACCCAAACCCCAAUCCCCAGUGGCUCUCAGACAAGUCCUGGGGAGAGGUGGUGAGGGCGUCGGAUCUCCCCAACCUCAAGGGCUGGAUGCAGGACUUUGGGUCACAGUGGAAGGCACUCUACGACUCCCCCAACCCCGAGACAGCUCCUCUGCCAGGCAAGUGGGACCUCCAGCUGCGAGGCCUGGACAGAAUGGUUGUCCUCCGCUGCGUGCGACCUGACAAGAUGGUGCCUGCCGUCCAGAACUUCAUCGUCGACCAAAUGGGCCGAGAGUAUAUUGAACCUCCGACCUUUGACCUGGCUGGGAGUUUUGCAGACUCCCACUGCUGCGCUCCUCUCAUAUUUGUCCUGUCACCUGGAGCUGACCCAAUGGCUGGGCUCCUCAAGUUUGCAGCAGACAAGGGAUUUGGAGACAAUCGCUGUCAGUCCAUUUCCCUUGGCCAGGGACAGGGUCCCAUAGCAGAGAAGAUGAUCACCACAGCCAUCAAGGAGGGAACGUGGGUGGUUCUGCAGAACUGCCACCUGGCAACCUCAUGGAUGCCAAAGUUGGAGAAGAUAUGCGAGGAGGUCAUUGUUCCUGACGUGACUCACCAGGAGUUCCGUCUCUGGCUCACCUCCUACCCCUCAGAGGACUUCCCUGUCUCCAUCCUCCAGAACGGGGUGAAGAUGACAAAUGAACCUCCAAAAGGAAUGCGUGCCAACCUCCUCCGUUCCUACCUCAACGACCCAAUAUCUGACCCCACCUUCUUCGAGGGUUGCAACAAACCCCAGACGUGGCGCAAGCUGCUGUUUGGUCUCUGUUUCUUCCAUGCUCUGGUGCAGGAGAGAAGGAAGUUUGGCGCCCUGGGUUGGAACAUUCCCUAUGAGUUCAAUGAAAGUGAUCUCCGGAUCAGCAUGAAGCAGCAGCAGAUGUUUCUGAAUGACUAUGAGGACCUGCCACUGGAUGCGCUCACCUACCUGACUGGUCAGUGUAACUACGGAGGUCGAGUGACAGAUGACUGGGACCGUCGUCUCCUCGUCUCCCUCCUCUCCAUCUUCUACUGCCUCAACAUCGUCCAGGAUGACUCGUACAUAUUCUCUCCCAGUGGUCUGUACAAAGCCCCGCCUCACGGAGAGUAUGAGAGCUACAUCGAAUACCUCCGCACCCUGCCGCUCACUCCCCACCCUGAGGUGUUUGGUCUCCACGAAAAUGCCGACAUCACCAAAGACCAGCAGGAGACGCAGCAGCUGUUUGACAGUAUUCUCCUGACACUGCCCCGCCAGACCGGAGGAGGUGGCAAGAACCAGCAGCAAGUGGUGGACGAACUGGCCAGCGACAUUCUCUCCAAACUACCUCCUGACUUCAACCUUGAGAAGGUGAUGGAGGCAUAUCCAGUGAGGUAUGAGGAGUCAAUGAACACUGUGCUGAGACAGGAACUCAUCAGGUUCAACCGACUGACCAGUGUGGUCCGAUCGACGCUGCAGAACAUGCAGAAGGCAAUGAAGGGGCUGGUGGUGAUGUCAGCAGAGCUUGAAGAUGUGUAUGUCAGUAUGACAGUGGGGAAGGUGCCGGCAGUGUGGGCUGCCAAGUCCUACCCUUCUCUCAAACCUCUCGGUAGCUACAUCACUGACCUGCUGGCUAGGCUGAAGUUCUUCCAAGACUGGAUUGACCGUGGAACACCAGUUGUCUUUUGGAUUUCAGGCUUUUACUUCACCCAGUCCUUCCUCACUGGUGUUCUACAGAACUAUGCUCGCAAGUAUACUAUUCCUAUUGACCAUCUUGGGUUCGAGUUUGAGGUGAUGGAUAUGGAAGACGAUGGAGAAGGUGUCUCCAGACCCCAGGACGGAGCCUAUAUCAAGGGACUGUUUAUGGAGGGAGCAAGGUGGGACAGAAAGAAGAAGUUUAUUGGAGAAUCCAAUCCUAAAAUCCUCUUUGAUGCUCUCCCCAUUAUUUGGGCCAAGCCUGGCCGACGAGACCAGUUUCAGGUCAAACCAACAUACUUCUCUCCGGUCUACAAGACAAGUGCUCGCCGAGGGACUCUGUCCACCACAGGCCACUCCACUAACUAUGUCAUGAUGAUUUCCCUCCCCUCAGACCAGCACGAGAGCCACUGGGUCAACAGAGGAGUCGCCAUUCUCUGCCAGCUGGAUGACUGAUGCCAACAGGUGUUUGUUUGACGCAAUAGCUGUGUUCGGUGUGUGUCUGUGUAUACUUUCAUUAUAACUUUAUAACCUAUUAGACUUUCUAGCACUGUACAAAACCCACAGACAGACAAACACACACAAUCGAACUGCGUCUAGAGUUAUCUCAGCCAGACCACUACCAACGUGAUCCAGAGAGACUGUCACAGACUACCUCCACUAGGUUUCACUGGCCUCUUGCCUUUCAGCGUUGCCUCAAAGGCAGGUCGGGCCUGCAGCCUGGCCAGAUAGUCUCUGAGGACUGGGUACUCCUCCAGCAGAGCCCCUCCCUCUAUCACACUGGCCCACCACACGUUGAACCCCAACACACAGUCAGCUGCCGUGAACUUGUCGCCACAGACAAACGCCUGCCCACACAGAUGGCUGGACAGGACGUUGGCACAGAUGUGGAACUUGCGAGUCAUGGUGUCCACAAGUCCAGUGUUCCGCUGGUUGACUGGAGUGUGGGUCAACUGCAUGUACAGUGGCUCCAAGAUGAUGUCAAAUGUCGAUGUUGCAUAACAGAUUAUGCUGUAAAUUGGGGGAGGAGGUGCCUAUUCACAUACACAGGAACACAAUCCUCCUAUAUACAACUGACUUGUAGUAGUGGGCUUGCUGUUGCUUGUCCGGUAGUAACGUAGUACCGUCCGGACAGGUGAGGUUGUCGGCCAAGUAGAGGCAGAUUGCUGACGACUCCAGCAGAACGGAGCCGUCUCGUAGGACGAGAGCCGGCAGAGUGCCGUGAGGGUGUACGGUGCGGUACGUCAUGAGGUCGCUGGCCUCGGAGCCGUGCAGGGACACAGGCACUAUCUCCACCUCCUCCGUCUUGCCCAGCUCCGCCAGGAGCCACGCACAGCGACUGGAGCGGAAGGGAAAGCUGUGGUAGAGCUUCAUGCCUCGAGUGUCGCUGCCCGUCUUUCUCCUCCGCAUUGCCUGGACACCCUCGCUCCUCAUCAGCCUUCUGACGGUCCAGGAGGCCAGCACAGUGCCAGCUACGCCUGCCACAAACCCCGCCGCCGCUGAUAUAGCUCCCACCCUCCAGCGCUCCAUCUUUCAGGUCGCCGUCUUUGACCCCGCCCCUAUAUUUUAUGCGGAAGUCUGCAGAUUUGUGAGGCAGGGAUGGCUCGUUCCAGAUUCGAUAGUCUGCGAGACUGGAUCGCACUGUUCUUGAUGGGGACUAUCAAUAACUUGCCGUACGUAGUCGUCAAUUCAUCCGCCAACAUACUAGCCACAAGUUUCAACAAGACUAACUUAGUUCCUCUGGUCAUGUUCUCUAAUGUUGCAUUUGGUCUUUUUGGAGGAGGUGAGAUUGAUGCAGAGACACUUAUUAUUGAGAAGUAGAACGAGGUUGAAGUAAGCAGGCUACCAAUGGACUUCGUGUUUUGAAUGGGGGAUUCUGUGCUUAGUAAAGUCUGGAUUCAAAGGAUAUAAAACAGACACCUUUGUUUGCAUGCAUAAACCUCCACCCUCCACACAGGGCUGAGCACAACUCUAACACUGGUUAAGGUGGUACCGUUCUGGGUGAGGUUCCUGGGCAACGGAGUCCUCAUGUUGGGAGGACUUAUUCUCAUUGCCUUCACUCCCAACUUCUGGAUAGCUCUCAUUGGAAUAGUCAUGUGUGGACUGUCCUCAACAUUUGGAGAGAACACCACUCUGGGUUACCUCCACACACGGGACAAGAGGCUCCUGACAGCGUGGUCCAGUGGCACGGGGUUUGCUGGAGUCAGUGGAGCAGUUCUUUACAUCCUCCUCAGUCUGUCCUCCUCGUCUCACUAUCCACCCACAUCUCUCCCCUCCAUUGUUUCACUGCAGCCUGUGUGGCAGCUGAGACUGUUGAGCCAGGACACACAGAUGAUCUGACACACAAACUGAAGUUUAUGAACAAGUUUGCAUUCCUUGCCACUGUACCAGUGGUCUUGCUCUACUGGCUGGCAUACUUUCUCAUACUGACAAAGGGGGAAUCCCCACCACCAGAAGAUGAUGAGCGAAGUCGACUUGUUGGUCACACAGAACCCCGCACUAUCCAAGACAGUGAUGUUAAUGUGAGGAGAGCUGAUGGAAGUGAGCAAGGAGAGGGUGUGAGGUGUGGCUUUCAGUGGAGAAUUCUGCGCUGUCUGCGACUCAUCUGGUGGCUGGCUCUGAAUCUAGGGGCAGUCUACCUCUUUGAAUACAUGGCAAGAGGAGCAGCCAGCAAGGCCAGACCAAAGUCAGAGUACAAUGAGACGUCGUGCCCGGAGCUGUUUGCCUCCCUCCAGCUGUGCUACCAGGCUGGAGUCUUUGUCUCACGCUCCUCUCUGGGUCUGGUCAAAAUCAGACGAGUCUUCGUCCUCUCCCUCCUCCAGUUCAUCAACAUGAUCAUAUGGGCCCUUCUGCCACUGUGGUACUUCCUCCCCACCUAUGUUCUUCCUAGUUUCAUGGUCUACGUGGGACUGUUGGGAGGCGCUGCGUAUGUCAACAUUUUCUACCUCCUGAGAACGGAGGCGAAGUUCCCAGAUGCAGAUCGGCAGUUGUGUAUCAACCUGACUCAAAUCAGCAUCACUCUGGGCAUCUUGUCUGGGACUCUUCUUGAGCUGCUAACCAUACAUUUAGAGAGUUGAACUCAAUCCCAUCACUUUCUGUGUGUCAGUGUGCGUUCCAUUGUAAUCAUAGCUAUGCAAUUUUCAAUUGUUCCUGGCAUUCUUGAACGGCCUGGUGUUGCCUGCCAGUUGAGUAUUACCGUAUUUACUGCGCAUGCGCGUCGAAAAUCCGCCGCACACGUGAUUGCCGCGGCGGCUGAAAAGAAGUCACGUACGUCGCGCGCUAGAUAAGAUCAAGAGAAGAUGGGGGUGGACAUCAACCAUAAGGUCAAGAAGUCGGUCCGGAGGGAGCCCGUGUCAGACGACCCAUACCUUCGUCUCCUCGUGAAGCUGUACCGGUUCCUGGCUCGCAGGGUGGACGCUCCAUUCAAUAAAGUAGUUUCUGAAGAGACUCUACAUGAGCAGAAUCCACCGACCACCCAUUUCUCUGGCAAGAGUGGUACGUCACAUGAAGAGUGGAGAUCGUAAGGACAAGAUUGCCGUUGUAGUGGGAACCAUAACUAAUGACCUGCGCAUCCUCAAACUCCCUAAAUUGAAGAUCUGUGCUCUUCGUGUGACUGAGGGGGCGAGAGCUAGGAUCCUAAAGGCUGGUGGCGAGAUCUUGACAUUUGACCAGCUGGCACUGCAAGCUCCGCGUGGACAAAACACCAUCUUGCUCCAAGGUCCUCGUAAGGCGCGUGAGGCCGUGAAACACUUUGGAAGAGCUCCUGGUGUACCUCACAGCCACGCCAAACCGUACGUGAGAAGCAAGGGUCGUAAGUUUGAGAAGGCAAGAGGUCGCAGAAAGAGUAGGGGCUACAAGAACUGAGUUUGGUGUGUGCCAUCCACUAACAGUCAAUAAUUAUGAUGAUUUAUUGUACAGUCAAUUUUGGCAACUGGGAGCGUGAAGUGAUGGGUGAUAAAGGCUAGUUAACUUUCGGCGCGCAUGCGCAGCGUGUGUGUCUGCUACCACGUUUUCUGGCACCACGUGCAACGAGACAACAAA